UAUUGUCACAUCAGUUUCAGUUGUACUAGUCUCUUUACACUAACCGUUCUUUUGUCACAAAGCAGAAAGUACCCCUGUUUACGCCUCAAUCUUACCUCAUUUCACAACCAGCGUCAUCCCUUCUUUUUUUUCAAGAAAAAAAAAAGAUAAAACAAAAUAAAACAAUGGACAUGAGAGUUGGAGACAAGUACCGGAUUGGAAAAAAGAUUGGAUCAGGAUCAUUUGGCGACAUUCAUCUUGGCACCAAUAUAAUUACUGAUGAGAAGGUCGCAAUCAAACUUGAGUCCGUCAAGGCUAAACAUCCUCAACUGGAAUACGAAGCCAAGGUGUACAAAGCCAUUUCAGGGGGAGUUGGGAUUCCGUUUGUACGAUGGUUUGGAACAGAGUGUGACUACAAUGCAAUGGUAAUCGAUCUCUUGGGACCAUCAUUGGAAGACCUGUUUAAUUUCUGCAACCGUAAAUUCAGCCUCAAGACAGCUUUAUUGUUAGCAGAUCAAAUGCUCUGUAGGAUUGAAUACAUUCAUCUGAAAAACUUCAUCCACCGAGAUAUUAAGCCUGACAAUUUCUUGAUGGGAAUUGGCACACGGGGAAAUCAAGUGAAUUUAAUCGAUUUUGGAUUAGCUAAGAAGUAUCGUGAUCCUCGAAAUCACCUACACAUCCCAUAUCGAGAUAACAAGAACCUGACAGGAACAGCCCGCUAUGCAAGUAUAAACACCCACCUGGGCGUAGAGCAAUCAAGAAGAGAUGAUUUGGAGUCAUUAGGAUAUCUACUAGUCUAUUUUUUGCGUGGAUCAUUACCCUGGCAAGGGCUCAAGGCGGCCACUAAAAAGCAGAAAUAUGAACAGAUAAUGGAAAAAAAGAUGUCGACACCAACUGAACUCUUGUGCCGUAAUUUCUCGAGUGAAUUCUCCAUAUACCUCAAUUACACUCGCUCCUUGAGAUUUGAUGACAAGCCAGAUUAUAGCUAUUUGCGUAGACUUUUCCGGGAUCUUUUUGUGAGAGAAGGCUUUACGUACGACUACGUAUUUGACUGGACAGUAACCAAGCCAGUACGACUUUUGUUUGUUUGUUUUGGUUUUUAG